ACAGUUGACUGAAAGUGAGUGUAUGUGUGGUUCUAUAAUUGUGUGAAUGAUUGAAUACCGAAAAAAAAAAAGCCUAAAUUUGAGGUGGAAGACAAGCAAAUGACCCUUUUCUGUGCCUGCUCUGCUUUCGUUCAAAGCUCCCCAAACGAUUUUUUUCCCCUGGUGGUUUUGUCCUCACUGAUACGGCCUCGGGCGAGAAAUGUGUUUUUCAUCCAGCGUCUCUUCCUCCCUCUUCCCGGGAUAACGGGGGUCACAGCAUGGAGACCCCCGAUGACUCCACACCUGGAACAACAACGCCCGGAAUAUCCGCUCGGCUUGCACGUGUUUAGCGUGUGUGCGUGCAUGUGUGCGCACUAAUCCUUCUUCAACACCUCUUCAGGCCUUAAACGAGCCCAGGGGUGCAACGGGUGUUCCAACAGUGCUGAUGACCCAAGAGCGACUCCAUGACGAUGCAUCCGGGUCCUUCGUUAGCAGCGACGAACCAGGGGGUGCCGCACCAUGCGGUACGCUUCCCGAUGCCGGACGCCGCAGUGAAGGGGAAGGUGGGCGGCGGGGGUUCAUGCCCGGCCUUGUUGGCGGCCCCGUGCCAGGACCUUUUGAGGAGCUUCCCCCACACCAAGCGGGUUGGUUCUUACCUGGUGGGCAAGAUGAUCAACAAGGGCUCCUUUGCCAAGGUGAUGGUGGGCCUGCACAUCGCCACUGGAGAGAAGGUGGCCAUUAAGGUGAUUAACAAGAAGAAAGCGCACCAGGACCCUUACGUUCAAAAGAACAUGAAGAGAGAGCCUCGCAUCCACCAGAUGAUACGACACCCAAAUGUCGUCCUCCUGCUGGAGACCCUGGAGACGGAGAACAGUUUCUACAUGGUGCUGGAGUUGUGUGCUGGCGGCGACCUGAUGGAGCGGAUCUGCGACAGCAAGCGUCUACCGGAGAAGGAGGUGCGACGAUACGCCCGACAGAUCCUGUCGGCGGUGGCGCACCUCCACCAGCAUGGCGUCGUGCACAGAGAUUUGAAAAUUGAGAACUUCCUCCUCGAUGAGCACAACAACAUCAAGAUCGUUGAUUUCGGCCUGAGCAACACGCUGCUGAGGUCGGAGUCGUUGCCUCCGGAACUGCUCAGCACCCAGUGCGGAAGCCCCGCCUACGCCGCCCCCGAGCUCCUCGCCCACAGGAAGUACGGACCCAAAGUGGACACGUGGUCCGUAGGCGUGAGCGUGUUCGCCAUGCUGACCGGCACACUGCCCUUCACCGUGGAGCCCUUCGACCUCCAAAAUCUGCACCACAAAAUGGUGGCCGGCGACAUCGCACACGUGCCCGGUGACAUCAGCAAAGGUGCGGUGACGUUCGUGCUGUCUCUGCUGGAACCCGACCCUGACAAAAGACCCAGCAUCCGAGCCGCCAUGGAGGGGGGCUGGAUCAACGAAGGCUAUGCCAAGAGGCCGCUGCACACACUGUCGCCCAACAACAGGCUGCGCGUUGAGGACCUGGACCCGUCAGUGCUGGCGUACAUGACUGACACGCUGGGCUACUUGACCUCGGAGGUCACGCGCACGCUCGUCGACAACCGGCCCUCUGCCAUCAUGGCAGCCUACCACUUGCUGCUCGCCAAAAUCAAAAGGAGCCGCCGAUGUGUCAAGAGUGACGCCGUCAAGGAGAAAAAGACGGCGAGCAGACAUCUCAAGGAAAGCAAACAAGUGGCAGAGCAGCGGUGCGGCAGGACCAGACCCCAGCAUCCACCACGACCACAAGAUCAGGGUCAUGAUGAUGAUGAGGAGGAGGGGGACAAGGGAGGGGUGUCUUCCUCCCGCCACAUUUUCAAACCCUCACCGUCACCACAGGCCACUGAGGACGCCGCCAUCUUGAAUAACAGGGACACUCUGCUUCUUCCCGACGUGUUGGGAUCAAAACACCGAGUGGUAUAUCUUUCUCCUCCCAAAACCGCUGAAUCGCACCUGUGUGACUCCGCCCCUUGCCAUGCCGCCUCGCCCGCUGAACCAAUUGAAGACUACGGCGACUCGGUGCCUGUCCAACUGGCGCGGCAGCACAUCGGGACCGCGCAGUCGGACGGCGGCGGGAGUCCCAUGGAGGCCGUCCUGAGGUUUGACACACCACAGAAGAGCGUCGCUUCUCCCAGAAUGCACCUGGAAACCACGCAAAGAGCUCCGCCCAGCAUACUGCCGCGCUUACCCAACCAGAGGUUGAAAGACGGACGAGGUGGGAAGGUUUUGUGGGUCCCGCCAAGCCUGCUUGUGCCCGCUGGACUGCAAUUGAGUGGGUCCAAAACUCCGACUUGCCCCUUGCAAAAAAACACUUUGGCUCCGAAGGGCGGGAAGGCGACGGGAACCAAGAGGAAUUCCGUAGCAAAGUUCCACUCAACUCCGCAGCGACGGAUGACCGAACUCAAUUUGCCGCUGCUCCCCGCCACGCUGCAACGCAAGACGGACAGGAAGCUGCGCAACAUGGACUGCUGACACAUCAAAAAGUGGCCUGCAGAGCCAUAAGGAGAAUUUAAAAACUGCAUGAACAGAAUCUAAAAUAUCAAGACAUUAGAUGAUCAACAAGGGCUCCUUUGCCAAGGUGAUGGUGGGGCCUGCACAUUGCCACUGGAGAGAAGGUC